AUGCAAGAAAAAGUAUUACUGGAUGUGGUGCCAGGUUCACCUCUUCUUGAUUCGUUGAUGCAGGACGGUAUUUCGGAGUCACAGAAAACAUUUGCUGUUGCUCAUCGGAAAGAGAUAUUUGCUAUUAUCGAUGCUGUACCUUCGUUUGCAUGCAGCCAGCGUGAUACAGAGAACCGCUUUGAAAGGUUUCGAUAUCUUCUUGAUCUAUAUCAAGAACAACCCAGUUUGCUUGAUCCUUUUAUGGAAAUCAUGAUGAAUAAGUUACUAGUAUGCAUAAAAUUACUUGACAGUGGACAGACAAGAUUCGAUGAUGUUUCAAAUGUAGCAUUUGCACUGCUCGCACAUUUAUCAAAAGUUAGAGGAUACAAAGUAUUCCUUUCACUUCUACCUCACGAAAUGAAAUAUAUGGAAAAAGUGCUUUCUUCAUUAGAACAGUAUGCUGAUUCUACGGAAGAUAUGGAUUCCCGAUAUAUACUCCUUCUUUGGAUGGUGAUCUUAUGCAAGAAUCCAUUUGAUUUGAGCAAAUUGGAAACCAAGAACGGUUCUAAUAUACUGGAAGGAAUAGUCUCCAUUACAUUACCAUAUCUUUAUCUAAAUAUUGAUCGGUGCCAGCAUUCUGCUGCUUUGUUGCUUUCACUGGUAGUAUCUCGUGAAGACGCGCGUAAGAAAUAUUUGAAAAAAUUAGUAGAUCCAUGUGUUUUGGCAAUUGAAAAUUGUGAAGGUAAAUGGUCUAUUAACAGUGAUCUCGUCGGUAGCCUCCGUUUGCUUGCAGCAAUUCUUAAAAAGGGAGAGCGUGAAGACUUGCUGACUGUGGCAGAUCAAGUGUUAAAUGCCUUGCACCGGCUUGGUAGUUUGGAAGACUCAGAUUUCAUUGUAAAAAAGUUAAUUGUCAAAAUUGUUCAAAGAUUGGGAAUGGUAUUUUUAAAACCAAAGAUCGCAAAGUGGCGUUACGAUAAUGGGAAUCGCAGUCUGGAUUUCAAAAGCAGUAAUUUUGUAAAACUUCAAGAAUCCAGUGCUUUGGAAUUAGAUAGUUUUGAAGAUGAAAUUUAUGAAGUUCCAUUUGCGGAGCUGGAGGUGGUUCUCAAUACAAUUCUAGAAGCAAUGCGCAAUCGCGAUACUGAUAUACGUUGGGCUGGUGCAAAAGGUAUUGGGCGCAUUGUAUCUCGCUUGCCGAGACAUCUUGCAAAUGAUGUGCUUUGCAAUAUCAUCAAAUUUAAUUUCAAUUUACACUCUGGUAAUGCUGCUUGGCAUGGUGGUUGUUUGGCAAUUGCUGAACUCGCAAAGCGCGGUUUUUUGCCUCUCGAGAGACUUUCGGAUAUUGUGGACAUUGUCUUGAAUGCCUUAGUGUUUGAAGAACCGCAAGGACAUCAUGCCUUAGGGGCAAGUGUUCGAGAUGCAGCUUGCUAUAUAUGUUGGUCAUUAGCUCGAGCUUUUCGUCCAGUGGAUUUAAAAAAAUAUAUCAUACAGAUUGCAACAUGCCUUGUUUGUGUAGCUUUAUUUGAUAGAGAAGUUAACGUGAGACGAGCUGCUAGUGCGGCAUUCCAAGAAAUUGUUGGUCGACAAGGUACCUUUCCAAAUGGUAUUGAUAUACUAACGAAAAUUGAUUAUUUUGCUGUUGGACAACGUUGCAAAUCGUACUUAGACAUUUCAUGUCAAAUAGCAAAGUACUCAAUGUAUACGCAAGCGAUUAUCGAAUACCUCAUAUCUUUUAAGAUAAUUCAUUGGGAUGAAGAAAUUCGCUUGUUAUCUGCAGAAGCACUCCAUCGUCUUUGUGCUUUCGAUCCAAGUUUUGUUUCCACUCAGGUCCUUAAAAAGUUAAUGCCAUUGGUCAGUAGUGAAUCACUAAUUAUGCGGCAGGGAGGUGUUGUUGCACUGGCAUCGAUUUUAUCAGGAUUGAAAAAGUGUGGAACGCUGUUAGAUAAGGAAUUGUACGAAAAUGUUGCACAAAUACCCAGUAUGAUUUAUCCUCUGUGUAAGAAAAAAACUCGUUCGCUGGGUUCUGCAUUAAUGCGACGAGCUAUGAACGUUUUCAUCAAAUCGUUAUCAUCUGUUAUACCAAAAGAAAUCAUAAAGACUGAAGAUUGGCUUUGUUGUUUGGAGUUGAAUUUUUGCGACGAAAGUGGCGAUAUCAGAAAGGGGGCAUGUCAGGCAGGGGCAGCAUUCUUCAAACUUUACAUUGACAGCUCAGGUUCCGAGUUUUUGAUAUUUCGAAUUCGUCAAGUUUAUUUGCCACAGGUAGGUAUCGUUUAA